AUUAGUUGUAAAGUGACAGUAUUACCAAAGGAUAUUAUUUCACAAUAUAUACAACAAAGUGAUGAAAGUUUAAAAAACUUAUACCUUUAUGGUUGGGUUAUGAAAGAAUCGACUGAAGUACCUCGUACAUUUCAAGUAAAGUUUGACGAAGUUGGAGAUGGAAAUUUGGUUGUAAAUAUUCGUGAAGGAAAUUUACAUUAUGAAAAACAAGUCCUUUCAAAUAAUAAAGUUGCAGAAACUUUGACCACUCAACAAAAUCUUCCUGAAUAUAGUGAAAAUAGCUCAGAGGAGAAAGAUAAUGCUGGUGAUGUUAGUGACAUUAGUGAAGUUGACCUAACUACAACAGUGAAAUGGCGAGAACAAUCAGUAAAAAUUGAUCAACAUGCAAUUCAUCUAAUAUAUAGCUAUGCAUUAUCGUAUCAUACAUUAAUAAUGCCAAAUGAAUUAGAAAUAUCUGAUAGUAGUAAUCUAUUAUUUUCAGUUCGUAGGUUUAUUAAUGCUUUUAAUACAAACUUAGAUGAGACUGUAAUUCCCAGAAGCACUGAAAAUAAAAUUCCAGGCUGUCACAAAAUUCUACGAAAACCAUACCCUGUAGGACAAGAAUGGAAAACUCUUGCCGAUGGUUUAACAAAUAUUAUUAUUCAAUUAGAACCUUGUGAAGACAAGGAAAUUGAAAAAAAUAAGCGAUUUGUUUCUAAUUAUGUAAUUGGUGAUAGUUGGUUCGGUUCAUCUAAACUUUGUAUUGCAUUAAUGCAAAAUGGAUUGUACGGUAUUUUUCAUGUAAAAAAAAGGCGUAGAUGGCCAAUCAAUUAUCCACAAGAUAUGGUUGAAAAACUUGAUACAUCUACAACAGCAAAAGCUGAUGAGGUUGAACGUGUAGUUAAAAAUAAUACAGGCUCAACAACUAUUAAAUUUACAAGACCUAAAGUCUUUUAUGAAUACUCACAAGCUAAAGGGCCGUGGAUAUUAAUAAUUAAAAGAGAAUUAGCUCAUGAAAUGCUUAAUGGAAAUUUUAGUAUAAUUGAAAAUUCAGAG